UUUGUUAUCUGCAUACAUAGUUUACAAUCUAAGUGCAAGUGUGUGGGAUUCAAAGUUAUAAAGAUGGUGAACGAGCAGGACCGCGAAGGCCAAGUGAUAAUUCCUUUGCAGUACAAUAACGCGCACUGGAAAGGAAUUUUUGAAAAGUACGACCUAGAUGGUGAUGGCAAAAUCUCGUAUCAUGAAUUGAAGGAAAUGAUAAGAGGAUCUAGUUACAAUGAUGACAUUCCUCCGAGAGUUGUUAGGAUAAUUAUGCAAAAAGCUGAUUUAAAUGAUUCUGGGUUUUUGGAGUACCCAGAGUUUAUUGCUAUGAUUCACAGAAAGGAUAUGCAAGGAGUAUUUGGUCACUUUUUAAAUCGUUAUGUCCAUAAAAUGGUUCCCCAAAGACCAACAUUGGAGACGCAGUACAGCGUGAGACCAUCAGUGGACUUUCCAGACGGAAUUUAUGAAGAAGAGUACAGCUGUAGGCCUCCAGCAAUUGCAAUGAUAAUAAUAUCAAUUAUAGAAACGAUAUUAUACCUGUAUGAUGUAAUAGUCGACAAACCUCUAGAGGGACCAACGUCUACCCUGUUUAUUUAUGACCCUCAUAGAAGAUACGAGGCCUGGAGGUACCUGACAUACAUGUUUGUACAUGCUGGAGUUUUUCACAUAGUAGUGAAUCUGCUGGUGCAAAUAAUGCUGGGAAUCCCCUUAGAGAUGGUCCAUAAAUGGUGGCGAGUUUUGAUCAUAUACAUAGCUGGAGUAGUCGCUGGGUCUCUUGGGACUUCUGUGUCAGACCCAAAAGUCUAUCUAGCUGGUGCAUCUGGUGGAGUUUACGCUCUAAUAACUGCUCACGUUGCGACGAUAAUAAUGAACUGGCGACAAAUGGAGUUCGCAGCCCUGCAGCUAUGUGUUUUUGUAAUCGUGACCUCUGUCGAUGUCGGACAGGCUAUUUACAAGCGAUAUGUGCUCAACACCAUAGACCAUAUUGGGUAUGUUGCACAUUUUGCUGGUGCUAUCGCUGGAUUACUCGUCGGUAUAAAUGUUCUUCGUAACCUAGAAGUUCAAACGUGGGAAAAAGCUGUUUGGUGGGCCAGUAUUUUUACAUAUGUCGCUCUUAUGACUGCUGCUAUCCUCUGGAAUAUUUUGUACCCUUCUUAUUUUCCACCGUCUAUAUAUAAUUCGUAG